AUGUCUGCAACAUCUGCCGCUUCGCUAGUCCUACCGUCGCUCAACCACCCAAAUACCAUCAAAUCUUUCUACAGCAGACCCGCUUCACUCUCUUUUUCAUCUCCUUCUUCCACUUCUUCUCUCAAGCCCGCUUCUCUUUUGCUCUCCUUUCAACAACAGCAGCAACAACCUUUGUCCUCUCGGUUCAUAAAAAAUGUUGCCAUUUCAUCUGAAUUCGGGCAAGAAGAAGAUGUCUUCAGUGAUGGAGACGAGCCCAGUUUCUCUCCAGACCUCAAAUUGUUUGUGGGUAAUCUUCCUUUUCAUGUUGACAGUUCCCAGCUCGCUGAUAUCUUUAAAAUUGCUGGAACUGUUGAGAUGGUUGAGGUAAUAUAUGACAAGGUAACUGGGAGAAGCAGAGGAUUUGGUUUUGUGACCAUGUCGACUAUUGAAGAAGUUGAAGCAGCUACUCAACAGCUCAAUGGCUAUGAACUUGAUGGGAGGCCAUUGAGGGUGAAUUCUGGACCUCCUCCCCAGAGAACAACUUCCUUCUCAAGAGGGGCAGGGGCUAGAGGUGGUGGAUCAUUUGAUUCUGGCAAUCGUGUUUAUGUUGGCAACCUUUCAUGGAAUGUUGAUAACUUGGCGCUUGAGACAUUGUUUAGAGAGAAAGGGAAUGUCACAGAUGCAAGAGUGGUUUAUGACAGGGAUAGUGGUAGAUCAAGGGGAUUUGGUUUUGUUACUUACAGUUCUUCUGAAGAGGUUGAGAAUGCCAUAGACUCCUUAAAUGGCGCUGAAUUGGAUGGCAGAGCAAUUCGAGUCUCAGUUGCAGAAGCUAAGCCAAGGCGCCAAUUUUGA